AUGUGGUUGGUUGCAAAAAACAGUUCCCUGCUGUCACCUGAUCUGACACUGAUCCUUUUGCCUAUUUCCUUAAGAAAUUUAAGGGUGUUGGGGUCCAUCGGGCCGAGAACCUCGAUGCAUAUUGGCAAGAAUUCCAUCGAGGGGAGGGCAUUCCCAUAUUUUUUCAUUUUCUCGUCCGCUGCCCUGGCCGCGGCCAAACCGCAUUCUUUACUUGUCAGGUUUACGUAUCGUUCGGCGAGGGUGCCAGGGACCGUAACAUCCCACGCCAAACACCUGCCGGCUCUCCAAGGUAUUAACGUGCAUCCGUCCGGUCGCCUACCAUCAUGCGCAGAAAUGCCGGAUGGUUCCUUGAGAACCGGGAUUGAAGCCUUGGAGAAGAGCCGACAAAUGCAUAUUAUAGAGUGCGCUGGUUCAAUUGCUGAUGGGGAGGCAUUCAAAAUUCAUGAACUGUUGGAGGAGAAGAUGGGCUGA